AUGAUGGCCCCAUUUGCUCAGAAAGUAAUAACACCGUUGAAGGUUUUUCCCCCUUGCGGCCAUCGCGGUGAUUUUGUCAUCAACCAAAAGACCAACCCAUCGAUAGAUAUCCAAUUAAAUUCCGGUGUAGGUGCUCAAAUACCUAGUAUUAUUGGCCAUAAUUUGGAUACCGCUGCACAAGUUUCCUCUAAAAUAUUAGUCAAAAAUCGAAGCUCUAUCAUACGACAAUAUCAUUGCCCGUCGAAUACAUUCCGAUGUGGUGAUGGUUCCUGUAUUCCUCAGGACUGGAUCAAUGAUGGUGAAACAGAUUGUCAUGAUUUAUCAGAUGAGAAGAUCCGAUCUACUACAGCAUUGUUUCAACCAAUUGAAUCUAGUGAAAAUAUCGAAUAUCCGACUACCACUGAGGAAACUCUUGAUGAUCCAUUUGAUCAUAUUGUAACAUUUCCAUCCAUUGAUCAAUUACCUAUUUCCAUUUCACCAUUACUACGAUCUGAUGGAACAAAAAGUUAUCCUUCAAUAAAUCAUACAUACGGUUGCUCCAAUAUUAUACAAAUACGAGUAAAUCAAUGCUCCACAGAUCUUACCGAUUGGAUCAAGAAUUUAGAACAAGUUAAUUUGACAAAUUCAUCCAUAUUAAAUGACGAAACAAGGUAA